CAUAGGCCGCCGCUGAGCCGUACGCCGCUGGAGUAGAGGCGUCGCGGUGUGCCCGCUGCCCGUGGAGUGUGUGGGGGGGAAGGGAGAGAAGAGGCUUAAAGAGACAACGGCCGCGGGAGGCAGCCCACAAUGGAGCGGCUGGCGGGGGGCCGGGGGGCUGGCCCCCGCCUCUGAGGGGCCCCGAGGAGUUGGGAGCCGAAGGAUCUAAGCUGCCAGGACCCUCUCCACAGAAUGUGCUCUUCACCAAAGAGCAGGCCAGAGCAGGCGAAGAUGAGAAUCCCGGUGGGACCUUCAAGAGCACUAACAUUGCAGUAGCCCGGCGCCUGUGGGUGGCAGUGACGCCCCCAGCCCCCUCCCCUCCAUCUCAGACCGUGAUGGUGUAUUGACCGAGAAGAGCCCAGCUUUUUUUUUUAUUUUUCCUUCCCCUCCCUCCCCUUCGAGUUUCGGUGGCUUUGGGAUUUGUAUGGCAGCGGCGUAACCGUGGAGAGGCCGGGGUAUCACAAACUUAUGGAUUUUGAUAAGAGAGGAGGGAAAGGGGAUACAGAGGAAAGCAAAAGAAUGUCUAAGGCAGGUGGAGGAAGGAGCAGCCAUGGGAGCCGGAGUGCAGGGACUAACUCUGGAGUCUUAAUGGUGGGCCCCAACUUCCGUGUCGGGAAGAAGAUUGGAUGUGGCAAUUUCGGGGAACUCCGUCUAGGAAAGAAUCUCUACACGAAUGAAUAUGUAGCUAUAAAAUUGGAACCGAUAAAAUCACGAGCCCCACAGCUGCAUCUGGAAUAUCGGUUUUACAAACAGCUCGGAAAUGCAGAAGGAAUUCCUCAGGUUUAUUACUUUGGGCCCUGUGGGAAGUACAACGCCAUGGUGCUGGAGCUGCUGGGACCCAGCCUGGAAGACCUGUUCGACCUGUGCGAUCGGACCUUCACGCUCAAAACCGUCCUGAUGAUAGCGAUACAGUUGAUCACGCGGAUGGAGUACGUUCACACCAAAAGCCUGAUCUACAGAGACGUCAAGCCGGAGAACUUCCUGGUGGGGCGGCCGGGCAGCAAGCGUCAGCACACCAUCCACAUCAUUGACUUUGGCCUGGCCAAAGAAUACAUUGACCCCGAGACCAAAAAACACAUCCCCUACCGAGAGCACAAGAGCCUGACGGGGACGGCGCGAUACAUGAGCAUCAACACACACCUUGGGAAAGAGCAAAGCCGCAGGGAUGACCUGGAAGCGCUAGGGCACAUGUUCAUGUACUUCCUGCGGGGCAGCCUCCCUUGGCAAGGGCUCAAGGCUGACACGCUGAAGGAGCGGUAUCAGAAGAUCGGAGACACCAAAAGAGCCACCCCUGUCGAAGUCCUGUGUGAAAACUUCCCAGAGGAGAUGGCAACCUACCUGCGCUACGUGCGGCGGCUGGAUUUCUUUGAGAAGCCGGAUUACGACUACCUGCGCAAGCUCUUCACGGACCUAUUCGACCGGAGCGGCUACGUCUUCGACUACGAGUACGACUGGGCCGGGAAGCCAUUACCAACUCCAAUCGGCACAAUCCACAGCGACGUCCAGGUGCAGCCUCCGAACAGAGACAAAGCACAGCCACACACCAAACACCAGCAGUCGCCCGAGGGGAACGAGUUGUGUGAUCCUCAGGCUAGUCAGCAGCCUGCCGAGGAACCUCUAGGAACUCGCCUAGCGACCAGCAGGCUUGGGGGUUCUGUGCAGGUGAUGAGUUCCACCAACGGAGAACUGAACACGGACGACCCAACCGCAGGACAUUCGAAUGCCCCGAUCACGGCGCCUGCCGAGGUGGAGGUAGCGGAUGAUACAAAGUAAGGACCUGGCUGAAUCUACCAGGCUGCUGGUCUCUCUGGCUCACAGCCUGCUCUCCCGAAUGUCACCACAUGGUGUCUCCCAAGAGCCAGGAUUUGUCUGUUUUCAAUCUGCAGGGGAUGCUGUACUGAGGUUGCUGGCCAGAGACAGACCCUGGGGUUCAUUCUAGUUCCUAGGAACGCAGCCUGUGCUACCACACAGGCUCUCCCCUAAAUCCUGGCCUGGACUUGUAGCCAUGGGCGGGAUCAUUGGCUCCCGCGCUGACCAGCGUUUUAUCUUCAUCUGCCAGAGCGCUUGU